AUGUCAGAACUCCACUUACAUUUUUACGUAUUUUGUACGUUUACAAAAACCUAAUGCCCUUAUUUUGUUAUUUUUCAGGUGGGGGCCUCGUCAUUGGAUCUGCCGUAUCUCUACUAUUUUUAAAAAGAGGAGCGUGGCCUGCAUGGAUUGGGGCUGGAUUUGGAAUCGGCGUCGCAUAUAGAACAUGUGAAAAGAACUUAAAUUCUUUUAAGUGAAUAAAUCUUUGUCGCUUAUAAAUAAAAAUAAACCAUUUACAUAGCAACAAAAAA